AGUUAGACGACCAUGACAUCCACCAACGAUAAUACAUGUCGGGUAUUGACUGGUAAUCUCAGUAGCGAGGAUGAGAACAUCGCGGAUUACAGGGCUGAGAUCGGAGACUAUCUACAUCGAAUACGAAGUGAUGGGUGGAGCAGACUGAGUGACCAAGACCGGGCGGCUAUGUGUGGGGAAGCUGCUAGGAACUAUAACCGAGUGGGUCAAUUGGAAGGCGAACGCCUGUUGUCGCUUAACUUGCUGAAAGUCCUGCAUCAAAGUAACAAGCCUCAUGAUUGUGCUUUCGAGAGAUAUCAGAUAGCUGUACGGGCCAAAGAAGAACGCCUACGUCUCAGGAACGGGCAUGACAGUGUAGAUCCUCGUACAGAAGCCAUAUAUAGAAGCUCGCCACCACUAGGUCCCAGAGAUGUGACCGUCAUACAGAGGGCUCAACUAGGCGAGCCCCCGCAAAGAGUAUCUUUAGAGAAACAACGAUCCCCAGGAGGCUAUUCCGACAGCACCGCGCUGAGAAAUUUACGAAGUUCGGAUAGUGCAGCGACAAGGCCGUUGCAGGGUGCGGGACAUGACGACCAGGCAGUACAUGCACGAGCAUUAGCAGAAAGACAAGCUCAAGCACAGGCGCAUUCACGAGCACAGGGACAUGUGCAGGUUAGGAAUGACCAGGUACAUUUGAGGCGGCAAUGGAGUCAGGAACAAGAAGAGGCUGAGCGUAUUGAGCAAAAGCCGUAUCCACAUUUGGAUUAUUCUAUGCGUAGCGAAGAAGAACGCGAACGAGAUAUGCGCAAAGAGAGAGAAACUGAGGAUGUGAGGAGAAGGGCUUAUAACCAAUCAUUGGCACGUCUGCCCGUAUCCAGUCGAGAUCUGAACUCACCAACACCACAUGUCGAUGUCGAUAGGCGCGAUGUUGACUUAGAAUAUAACCAAAAUGGACAGUUCAGUCGAUGGGGUAAUAGCAGAGAUAGCCCUCAAAACUUGCAGCAACGCAAUGAAGCUGAAUCAUUCGCACACACCCAGGGGGUACCUGUGGCACGACAAUUGCAGGCUUCUGCACAUACACAGUCGCAAGGCUUCAACCGGAGGGGUCCUACAAAUUUAGAAAACUGGAAUGAUCGCGAGAUGUCGAUACAAAGAGAGCGCGAACCGAGGUUCCAACCGACUUUCGGUGCUGAAAAUGGACCGGAAUCGAUGGAGAAGCACUCUGAAGCUACGGCUAGUGCACUAGCACAUCGGCUAUCCAACUCGGAUAGAAGUCUGCGCUCAGUAUCGAGUGUGGGGCACUUUGAGACAGAAAAUAGGGUCACGAAUGGGUCAACAAUAGACAGGAAACCCUCGAAACUAGGCGACAAACACGAAAAUACUGAAGGGAAGAGUGCUGAGAAGCACAUGCCUGCGAGAAAACGGAGCAAGCUCAUUGAAAAAAAUGAGGGCGAUGAGGAGAGUGAUAGCGCACGGAAUAGGAAAACAGCAGAUACUAUCAGCGCUGAAGAUAAAGCAUACGUGCAUAAAUACUUGACAACUGAACACUGUGCACACAAGGAGCUGGCGGAAGGCUAUGUGACCACCAGAGCGGUCCGCAUUGUGAAGCGCAUGGAAAGCCUGGCACAACACCUAGAGUUUGACUAUAGGGCUCUUAAAGCCCACGACUACGGGACGGUCGAGCACAGUAGAGCAUUGCAAAAUAUCAUACACAAAACGAAGUGUGGGAAUAAGAAUGACAUGCCCACUCUGGCGGCUUUGCUGCAUAUUAAGUUCUGCAAUGACGGGCACAACCCCAACCAUGCGCACCUGCAGUGGAGCGAUCAGGUACGAUUGAUAUACAGCGAGCUAUUUCCUGCGAAGCAGAUCAAUAGGGCUGAGGAUAAAUCGAAAAGCUGAUAGCCCCAGGCGUACUGCGCUGUUUUCUGUCUACGUUGAUGGACUGCGCGCACGGAACCUCCUGACAGUCCGGCCAGGGGAUAUUCAUUGAGAAUUAAACUGAAACUAGAA